AAUAAAGGUGAAUACACAAUUUUUCUUUGUUAAUUUUUUUCAAGUAUUUUGUUCAUUUGCAAACAAUUUAUUUGGAGCAUUCUAAGUUUACAAUUUGAUUUGUCUAUUUUGCUUUAAUCAUACUAGGAUUCAUCUGUAAAGAAAAAAGCCUAUGGACCCAUAUCCUUGUCUAAUUUAUGGAGAGAUACAUCUAGUCAUAAAGCAAACUAAGACACAAUAAUGGAUGCUAUGGAAGUUGAAAAUUCAGAGCUAAGGUCCUAAGUUAUUAAUGUUUUCCUACACAUAUAUAUACAUACAUAUAUCUAUGUGUGUGUAUGUAAAAUUAAUUAGUUAACAAUUUGGUUAGGUCCCAACAACUUCUAGUCCUCUUGAUAUGGCAACUCAACAUCAAGUAUGGUCCUUGUCAUCAAUACAAGAUGCCUCUCUUACUCAGGUAGGAGGUAUAGUUGUUCUAAAAAGUAUCAUUAGGCCAACAGAAACAGUUGCAAUCAGGGUACUUAAAAGCACAGACCCAUCUAAAGAAGUAAAAGGGGAAGAACUAAGACCUGACUAUUGGGAGGUACAUGUUCAAGUUCUAAUCAAACCUAAUGAAAGCUUGAUCCAAUCAUAUGGACUUGUCAAAACAAUUGGACAAGUUGUUGCUUCGCCUGCUCCAUUUGUGAUUUCGCAAGUUAUGGAUGCUAGUCGAGAAUAUUUAUACAUGUGAGGUUGAAAAUUUGGGAACUGAAUUUGUUUUGGUAAUUUGUCUCUCCGAAAGAUGGAUAUCAUUAUGGCUUUUCAGAACUCUUAUGGUUGGAACAAUUUUUAAUUUUUUUUUUUUUUAACUUUGUUAGUGUG